GUCUGGAUAUCGGCUCUUGGGGGUCCUGGCCAAGGUGGUGGGGGGGCAGAGACUGAGAAGGGGAGGGUUUCUGCACUCAGACCAGGAGUUUGGGGGCAUUGCCCUGGCACCGCCGGUGACCCUUCCCCCAGCCGAUGCCAGCCAGCCUGGGCAUGCUGAAAUAUUCUGCCGGAAACCCCGCUUCUUCGCCAGGAGGAAGCACGCUGAUUUCUCUCUUCCACACUGCGGAGGCUGAUCUCCAAAGACAAGCAGAGGGCAAAUUUUUUUGGGUUUUAAACAAAACAAAACAGGGUGGCCUCAGGGUGCCAGGGGACGUGGAGCGACCUACGAGGAGCCCAGCCGGGGAAACGCGGAGCAUAACUUUUUAUGCAAGAGGAGGCAUGACGGUGCAAAAAAGGAAAGAAAGCAAGAGGAGGAGGACAAAGGAAGCCGCAGAAGCCACCACAAAGCCUGGACCGCUUGGUACACACCUGGACUCCGCCACCUGCCUCCCGGUAGUGCCUUUUGCAAGAGACGCGCACAAGGGCCGGAAGGCGGCACACACCUUCCCCGGGUCGCUUCGCACAGACAGGCUGUUGUGACCUUGAGGCCUGACUUCCUCGCUGUCUGGGAUUUACGUGCGUGACUUUUGCACAAGGAUGGCGCCCGUGCGUGCCAAGCCAAAGAGGUGCCUUUUCUGAAAAGAAGAAGCCGCUUCAUGGAUGCCAGAGAUGAGGAAGGAGACGAGGAUGGUGGAAGUGGGAUAACACCCACCUUAAUCUUGUCCGUCUUCACAGCCGUUUUGGGGUCCCUGCAGUUUGGCUACAACAUCGGCGUCAUCAAUGCACCCCAAAAGAUCAUUGAGCAGAAUUACAAUGCCACCUGGAUGAACCGUCAAGGGGUGGAGAACCCAACGCCCAUUGACCCGGGCACCCUCAAGACCCUGUGGUCCCUCUCGGUGGCCAUUUUCUCCAUCGGGGGCAUGCUGGCGUCCUUCGUGGUGGGCAUCGUCUCAGAAUGGCUGGGCAGGAAGAGGGCCAUCAUCGUCAACAACGGGCUGGCGUUCCUCGGCUGCGGUUUAAUGGGUUUGGCCAAGCUCGGGAAGUCCUACGAAAUGAUGAUCUUCGGCCGAUUCUUGAUUGGAGCGUUCUCCGGGUUUGCUUCUGGGCUGGUUCCCAUGUACGUGGGAGAGAUUUCCCCCACCCACCUGCGGGGGGCACUGGGAACGCUCAACCAGUUGGCCAUCGUCAUUGGGAUCCUCAUCGCGCAGGUCUUCGGAUUGGAGUUCAUCCUCGGAUCGGAGACCCUGUGGCCCCUCCUGAUGGGGGUCAGCGUGGUGCCCUCCUUCCUCCAGGUCCUGAUGUUCCCCUUCUGCCCGGAGAGCCCGCGAUACCUCUACAUCAUCCGCAACAAGGAGUCCAAAGCCAAAGAAAGUCUCAAGCGGCUGACGGGCCUCGUGGACGUGAGCGCGGCUCUGACGGAGAUGAAGGAAGAGAAGCGCCGCAUGGACCUGGAGCGCAAGGUCUCGAUCCUGGAGCUGUUCCGCUCGCGCCUCUACCGGCAGCCCCUCCUGAUCGCCGUGGUCCUGCAGUUAUCGCAACAGCUCUCCGGCAUCAACGCGGUCUUUUAUUACUCCACCGACAUCUUCACCAAAGCUGGGUUGGAUCAGCCGAUCUACGCCACCAUCGGCACUGGGGCGGUCAACACCUUGUUCACCUUGAUUUCGGUAUUCCUGGUGGAGCGGGCAGGACGGCGGACGUUGCACAUGGUAGGAUUGGCCGGGAUGAGCGUCUGUGCCAUUCUUAUGAUGGUGGCUCUCCUCUUCACGGAACGUGUGCCGGCAUUGGGCUACCUGAGCAUGGUGGCCAUCUUUGGCUUCGUGGCCUUCUUCGAGAUCGGCCCAGGGCCCAUCCCAUGGUUCAUUGUGGCCGAACUGUUCAGCCAGGGGCCCCGCCCGGCCGCCAUGGCCGUGGCCGGGUUUGCCAACUGGACCUGCAACUUCAUCAUCGGCAUGAGCUUCCAGUCGAUCGAGGAAGCCUGCGGUCCCUACGUUUUCCUCAUCUUCGCCAUCCUCCUGGUGGCGUUUGCCAUCUUCACGUUCCUCAAGGUGCCGGAGACGCGAGGGCGGACCUUCGACGACAUCGCCGCGACAUUCCGACGCACGCCAUCCUUGCUAGACCGCGAGAUCAAACCUUACACGGAACUGGACGAACUCAGCCGGGAUGUGCUCGAAUGAAAGGGAAGCCCAGGGUGGGGGGGCAGGGGGUGGGCCAGGUAGGGACACCCUGCACCCCCCCCAAAAAAAGGACAUUCGGACGUCAG